CGAAGCAGUAAAAAACAAUGAAUAAACUUUUUACUCGAAUUAUAUCAAGAUCUGUUAAUAGCCUAUCAAAAAAUGUUAAAUUAGCGAGUACCUACAAAGCUGCUGUACUAAGAGAAGCUGGCAAACCUUUGGAAAUACAAGAAAAGAAGCCUGCUAGUUUGAAGCCGACUGAGGUCAGGAUACGAGUGGUGUAUUGUAGCGUUAAUUCCGUAGAUGUCCACAAAUUUAAAAGUUCUACCGAUAAUUUACCGUUUAUACCAGGUUAUGAACUCUCCGGAGAGGUUAUAGAAAGAGGUAAAGAUGUAAAAAACGAGCAAAUUAUUAACGGGGAAAAAGUACUAGGCCUUAGUUUGAGCUCCUUCGGUGGAUUUGCCGAACAAUGCGUGUUAGAUAUAAACGAUAUAUGGCGAAUACCAGGCGAUUUGGAACGAAAAGAUGCCGCAGUGAUAGCCUACGGACACUCAACAGCCCUAUUCACGUUCUCUAAACUGGCCACAAUCAAAGAAAAAGACCGGGUAAUAAUAACCGCCGGACCGGCAGGAAUGGGACUAGCAGCCAUCGAUAUAGCUGCUAAUGUAUACAAAGCUAAUGUUAUAGGAUUGGUAGAUACGGAGGAACGAGGAGAAUUGGUCAGACAACGGGGUGCAUUCGAGACUGUAGCUUUUUCGGAUACAUUAACCAAAGAAUGUAUGAAAAUUACCGACAACAAGGGUACUUCAAUUGUCUAUGACGCUACUGGUGAAAAAAUGGAUUCCAUUGGAUCAUGUGUAUCAGUUGGUGGUAAACUGUUCCACGCUGCGCCAUAUUUUUACAAAACUGUGCCAACCCCAAAAUGUCAUUCGUUCGUAUCCGUGGUCAGUUUGAAGGAGCUCAGACUUCAAAACAACAAUUUAUACAGGAGCAUCGUUAACGAUACUCUACAAUUAGCUAGUGAUAACAUUAUAGGCGCUCACAUUAGUUCUAAAUACAAUCUGUCUCAAGUGAACGAAGCUAUCAAGUACAUAGACGACAGGAAAUGUACAGGUAAAGUAUUAAUACAGAUGGAUUCUUAAUGUAUUGUAAGUUUUAAAGCGAUUUUGUGGUUAAUUUUGUAAAGGAUUAAUUUAAGCGUGCAUCGUAUUUAUUUCAAAUAAAACAAAUUAUUUUGAAUUUGGUAUUUUAA